AAUAUUUAUUUUUUGUAAUUUUACCUUGAUAAUUUUUUGAUUGUUGUUUUAAUUUCACAAUUGAAAAUUUAUUAUACAACAUUUUAAAAUAUGGCCGAAUAUAAUUGGUACGAUUUCAAUAACACAAAAAGAAGCUUAAAAGAAUUGGCCAUACAGAAAAAUUCCGACGAAUAUGACAAAGACUCACCGAAACAGAGAGCGUGUGCUAUUGAAGUAUUACGUCAUAAAAUUCAAGAAUCUCAGGUUCUGCGUGGUGAAAUCAAAACCGAUGAUAAAAAUUUAAUACGAUUUUUGUAUGCUAGAAAAUUUAAUAUGCCAGAAACAUUAAAUUUAAUAGAAAAUUAUUACGAUUACAAGCAAAAACAUCCAGAAAUAUUUCAAGUAACAAAUGGUACAAAAUUAGCGAUUAAAGACGGUUUUCCAAGUAUUUUAAAAGAUCGUGAUCGGCGUGGCCGAUGUGUAUUGGUAUUAAAUUCAUCCAAUUGGGAUACCAAUAUUUACUCACUGAUUGAUAUUUUCCGAGCUUUGAUAAUAUCUUUGGAAAAAUUAACAUUAGAUAGCCAUAAUCAAAUUUGUGGAUUUGUUAUAAUCAUUGAUUGGAGCGAAUUUACGUUAAAACAAUCAGCAAAUUUAAAUCCACGCUUGUUAAAAAUUAUUGUUGAAGGUUUACAAGAUUGUUAUCCGGCGAAAUUUAAAGGUAUACAUUUUAUUGGUCAACCAUGGUAUGUAGCAACAGCCUUAACCGUUAUGAAACCAUUUUUAAAAGAAAAAGCUAGAAAUCGAAUACAUUUACAUGGGAAUAAUUUAGCUACAUUACAUGAACAUGUCACGAUAGAUAUUUUACCUACAGAAUUAGGAGGGGAAGGUCCACCAUUAGACACAGCACGUUGGGCAGAUCAAAUAUUCCAUUCGUUAUAAUUUGAACCAAUUAAUUAAGCAAAUUUUCUUUUUGAAAAUUAAUCAAAGUACUUAAACUAACUUUUAUAAAAAGUAUCUUUCACAUUGAAAAAUAAUUUUUCUGAGACACAAUGAGUUUUAAAUAUGGUGAUCACGUUUCAUAUUCAUUAUUUAGCGAAUAUAAAAUGUCUCCAAAAAGCGAUAGAAUGAGCAUUCAUCGAACCUGGGAAUAGAAGGUUUGUGCAGUGACUAUGUACUAAAGAAUAGGAAGUGUGCUCGCAGGAAAAUAUUUUUCAUUAUAGGCGAUCAUUAUUCACUUAUCUUGCUCUGGGUUAAAAAAUCGUCAUUCAUGUACUAAAGAAACAGAGCCAACAAUAGCGAGGUAAUAGGGAACCAAUCUUCUACAUUGGACAAUUACAAACGAACUCGACGAGCAUUUUGUUUCCGUAAAAAAUAAAAUUCAUAUCGCACCAUAAUUGAAACAGAAUGAAUCUGUUUGACUAUGAUUUAUCAAAUAGUAACUAGAGCAAACGCAUUGGUUUAACAUAAUGAGAUUCAUUUCCGCAUUAGCUAACCAAACUUGACCAAUCUUUCCUAUAAAAAAGAAUGUAGCGCUCUAAGUCUGUGCUGAAAAACUUGGUAUGUGGAUUAAAUUUGUCCUAAAUUUGUUAAUUUUAAAUGAAAUUCUUGGAUUAGAAAUUCAAGUAAAAUUUGUUCAUGUUUUUCCAUCUAAGAUUUAAGUAUUUUGAUAUAUUUUUACAUGAAAAUGACAAAAACAAAUAAUUGAAUUUAUAAUAUUUAUAAAACAAAAUACAUAUUUGUUAAUAUGAUGGUUCAACGGAUUUUUCCC